GAGGGUAACUAGUUUAUCUAUAAUAUGCGAUAAGGAUUGAAUAUAUGACUUUUAGCUGCAAUGGUUGAAGCUGGUCAAGUGUCAACACGUGAGCUGCCGUGUGUUAUUCAACAAUACUCAGAUAUGGAGGAGUCCAGUGACUUGUAUGAUGAGUAUGAGGCGGAUGAUACCCCUCCCUGGGCAGCCCACCAACAUCAGUGUCUAGAAGAUCAGCACAAUGUGGAGUGUCUCAGACGGAAGAUCAAAUAUUACUUCAUGAACCCCUGUGAGAAGUACCAUGCUCGUGGCCGAAAACCAUGGAAACUCUUACUGCAGAUCAUCAAGAUUGCCAUUAUUACCAUCCAGUUAGUGUCUUUUGGGCUGAGCAACCAGAUGGUUGUCACAUUUAAGGAAGAAAAUCUGAUGACAUUCAAGCACCUCUUCUUGAAAGGUUAUAUUGACGGAGGCAUGGAUACAUAUGCUGUUUACACACAGGAUGAUGUGUAUGAUCACAUCGAUUACGUCAUUGGAAAGUAUGGACAUCUGCACAACAUCACAGUCGGCAACCAUGAGUAUGAGAAAAAGAGCGGAAUCUACACCCCCCUGUCUCUCUGUCAGGAGUUCUACCAAAAUGGCUCCAUCUUCCCCAGCAAUGAGACCUUUGAAAUAGAUGCCAAAGUGAAAACUGAGUGUCUUGAAAUUUUUCCGAUGUAUCACCCUACACUGCGGGGAACGUAUCGAUUUGAAUUGUAUUUCAAAAGAUUGCUCACUGUCAGGAUCAGUUUUGUUCUGAAGGCCAUAAAUUUACAGACCGUGAGACAUCGAGAGCUGCCAGACUGCUACGACUUCAAUGUUAUUAUCACUUUCGACAACCAAGUUCACAGCGGAAGGAUAAAGGUUGACCUGGAAAAUGACGUAGACAUCAAUGAAUGCAGGGACUGGAAAGUAACUGGAGCAUCUGCCAGGAACAUUAACCUGACUGUGCUGUUUGACUGCCUCAUCAUUAUAACCUGCAUAACAUCCUUCGCUCUCUGCACACGCUCAGUGAUCAAUGGCAUUCAGCUGCAGUUUGAGUACUCCCUCUUCUGCAGGACUAAGUGUGGUAAAGAAGUCCCAUUGUCUGACAAGUUGGAGUUCUUGAACGGUUGGUACAUCUUGAUCAUCAUCAGUGACAUGUUGUCCAUCAUAGGCUCUAUUCUCAAGAUAGAAAUCCAGACCAAGGUCCUCACAAGUUAUGACAUCUGCAGUAUUUUUCUUGGGACUGGUACCAUGUUUGUCUGGAUCGGGGUCAUCCGUUACAUGGGCUACUUCAGGAAGUAUAACAUUCUAAUCCUGACACUCAGAGCAGCUUUCCCCAAUGUGAUCCGUUUCAUCUGCUGUGCUGGAAUUAUCUAUCUCAGUUACUGUUUCUGCGGCUGGAUUGUCCUCGGCCCCUAUCAUGAGAAGUUCCGCACAUUAAACACCGUGUCUGAGUGUCUGUUCUCCCUGAUCAACGGAGACGACAUGUACCCCACCUUUAAGAACAUGAAGCAGAAGAGCAGCCUGGUGUGGACUUUCAGCAGGAUCUACCUCUACAGCUUUGUCUCACUCUUCAUCUACAUGAUCCUCAGCCUCUUCAUCACAAUCAUCACAGAUACAUACGACACCAUUAAGCUGCAGCAGCAGGGUGGACUCCCGAUAUCUGAGCUGCAGACAUUCCUGUCAGUGUGUAAAGAUCUGCCAAACUCCGGGUUGUACAGACUGAAGGAGGACAAAAGCUGCUUCUUAGACUGCUGGAUCAACAGGUUCAGGAGACAUCAGGAUGAGAUUCUGACAUCAGAGGCGUAGCGGGCUGUGCGGAGAUAUUGUAAGACUAAACUCUCUGAACUAUAACCUGAACUGAAAGAGCACUUUAUACUUAAGAUACUAAAGAUUCUUAAAUCAUUCUAACAUUUUCCUCAAACUUAACUUAUGUGAUUGAUUUGAGCUUUUCAUUACUGAGUAGACCAAACUCCAUUAAGUCUGGCCCUAACAUGAUGCACUGAGGUGGAGAGAAUUUGUUGUAAAUACACGUUAGUAAUGUAUAUAUCCACAGACAUAGAAAGAGAAACAUCGGUCACUUUAAAUGUAAGUUGUUUGGUGUUUUUCUAUUGCUCUGCACUUUGUAUGGCCCACUGUUGACGAGUCAAGAUUAAAUAAACACACUGUUUUGUAAA